AUGCCCUGGACUUUGGACGCCGUCUCUGAAGACGGCCUUCCCAACCCAAGCCCUGUGCGUGAAAGACUAUCAAUACGCCAAAUCCACAGGAGACUCCAGACUCUCCCACGGCGGCUUGUUCUACUCGUCAGCAUUGCUCUCAUCAUUCUGCUUUUUGCUUCGGCCAUAUUACUCGCCCCCGAAAACAGGCCUGCUUCUGUAGAAAUCUCUACGCCCGAAGAAUUCGCCUGGAAGCCGACAUGGACAACCGAGGAGGUCCAGCCAAAGUUUGCUUACGUACAGUAUGCCACAAACAUGGAUUACCUGUGUAACGCAGUGAUCAACUUUGCUCGCCUACGGCGAUAUGGCGCGCGAGAAGACCUCGUCCUCAUUCACCCAAACGAAUGGUCAAAAGGGAAUUCUCGCGAGGCGACUGCGUUGGCUAGACUCCGCGAUUCAAGUCCCGGCCUCAAGAUGAGCGGAUUCGAUCUGAUAUCAACAAGCAAAGGCGACAAAACCUGGCAGUACAGUUUGACAAAAUUCCACGCCUUCGCAUUGACAGGGUGGAAACGCGUUCUUGCCUUCGAUUCCGACUCUCUUGUCCUCAACAAUAUGGACGACUACUUUCUUAGCCCAAAGGCCCCGAUCGCCUUACCCCGAGCCUACUGGUUGAACGAGAAGAAUAUGGAUAAGAAGCAAGUCCUCGGGUCUCAUGUAAUGUUGAUCGAGCCAAACAAGGCACGCUAUCACAAGAUUAUGGACGAGGCAGCGCAAUCGGGAGAGUUUGACAUGGAAGUCGUCAAUCACUUAUUCGGAGACUCAGCCAUGAUAUUGCCUCACCGGGGACUAGCCCUCCUGACAGGCGAGUUUCGUGCUACCAAUCACUCCAAAUAUCUGGCUCCUAAUGAGAAUGAGGUGUGGAAUGCCACGAAGGAGGUAUCACAAUCUUACCUUGUACACUUCAGCGACUGGCCUCUUCCUAAACCAUGGAUAUCGCGCACUAAGCAGCAGUGGGAGGCUGCAUUGCCAGAGUGCCCCGUCCUGGAUAAGAAAGUUGGUAGGGAAGGUUCGCCCAAGUGUGCAGACCGGGUUGUAUGGUCUGGGUUCUACGAAGAGUAUGAUAGGGAGAAAUCAGAGCAGUGUAAAAUCCUGUCGGAGUAG